AAUUGAAAACCAAAACAAAAACAGAAGUGGAGGUUGCCCCAUUUCUCGUCUCGAAGGAAACAUAAUAAUUACGAUUAAGCGAUUAGAAUGACAGAGGAAUUAGUGAUCAACUUCGACCCUUCUAGCUGCCCCGACGAGCACCUUUCAGCCACUCUCGUUCGGUGCGCAUUUUUCGCCGCUCACAAGCACAGAAACCAGAGAAGGAAAAAUGACGACAAAUCUCCUUACAUCAAUCACCCACUAGGCACAGCAUUCAUUUUGACUAACGAGGCUGGGAUAACAGACCCCAUCGUGCUACAGGCGGCCAUUCUGCAUGACACUGUCGAGGACACGGACACCUCCUUUGAAGAAAUAGAGCGGCACUUUGGUCCUAAAGUGAGAGCCGUGGUUUCUGAAGUCACCGACGACAGGACACUCGAAAAACAGGAGCGGAAGGAGGCCCAGGUGAAAAAUGGGCCAAAAAAGAGCCACGAGGCAAAACUGGUUAAGCUGGCAGACAAACUGUACAACCUGAGGGACUUGUCUUCUCCGAACGGGCGGCCCAAAGACUGGGACGAUGAAAGAGUGAGGGAGUACUUCAGGUGGGCCCGACGAGUAGUGCAGGGACUCAAGGGCACGCAUGACGAACUGGAAAAGAAAAUUUUUGAACUGUGUGAUAAGGGCGAAAAGGUGUGAAUUUGCUUUUUUUCUUACUGACAAGGAGAACACACCCAUUGAGCUGAAAAUAUAAUUUUUCGUGUUACCAUUAUUUGGAUUUUAAAUUUUGAUGAAAGGGAAACUUUAUGUUUCGAAUUAGGGACGUUCAAAUCUUUAAUUUUGAUAUCUCUCUGCAGCUGUAACAGCUUUUUGGUUAAAUAAUGUCUUAAUUUUUUAUCUAGAUAUGUUCAUUAAGUGGACUAUUUUGUAUUUAAAAUUGAAAAUACCUUGAGUGGAAAGGGUUUGGCUUUAUAAUUCAGCUGCUAGAUAAAAAAUAUUUCCAAAUUUGGAGAGCUGAUAAAACAAACAAUUUUAAAAUGGCCAAAAUGGAGAUUGAUUUUAUGACAACUUAACUUAAAAUUAAAACUGUAGCACAAUCCAUCACAUUUCUGCUUUCGCGUUUUUCUCAAAGCAGACAUUUCAGGAAAAAUUUGGAAUCUUCUGCAAAAUUAUAAAAAUCGUAUUUUCUAGUAAAAAUACUAGUUUUUAUAAAAAGUACUGAAGUUUAACGAAAAAACAUAAUAACUUUUGCAAACUAAAUGGUGUGUUCCCAUCGAUAGAAAAGAGUUAUCUUAGGGCUGUGAAAUUUAAAAGAUGAAACAUUUUUUCUUAGCGUCCAAUCUUUUUGGUUUCAUCAAAAAAGCACAAAUACUAAGUCAAAAACCAUGCUUAAAAUCAGCUAAAAGGUUCAUGAUCAACCAAAUUUUGGAAUUCUGGUUCGAACAAAUGGGAAAAAUUAAUUCUCUUAAGUAUAAAACAACAAAAUUCAGCUUAUUAACCAUUUGCAUCCAACCUAUUUUAUCAAAGAACUGUUUUUACCGUCUAAAUGUCACAGCUCUAGUUAUUAUAACUAAAAAGAUUAAUCAAAAUUAGUUGGACCUUAUCCAAUAAAGGAAAUUCAAGCAAUAUACCUCUAUAUAAUAUUAUAUGUGCCUUUGCAUGGCUAAUAUGCAAUAAAACUACUCAAACAUAACAGUAUUGUAAUUUUUAAUUUGUUUAAAGGUUUUUUAAAAACAGUUUAACCUAUCACAAAUUGUGAAAAGUAGCAAAAUGUUGAGAAUAACUUUAUCUGAGUGUUGAUUAAUAAUUAUUAACCAAUAUUUCAAAAACAUGUAAAAAUGGGCCUGGAGUGAGGAAAUUGCUAGACUAGCUGCGAAGCAAGUUCAUGGGGAAAUCACAAUGGUAUACUGGUUUAAUGUUGACAGAAGUACAUAUUGCGUUUUUGUUUACUCAAAUAAAUAUUUGAUCUGUAGCGGGUGCGGAGCUGAGCUCCUAAUCCUUUUUCAAUUUUCGCUGAGGGUAUUUUUAGUGUUUAUUGAUAAAUUUUUAUUAGGCGCUGUUUGUAAUGCAACAUAUAGAUUGAAUUUUGAUUUUAAUCAGAUUUCACAGGACUUUUCUUAAAAGUGCCGAGACUGUUUAACAGCGACGGAUCCGGAUGCCGUGUUCUAUUAUAUAAUUCUUUAUAUCAAGAGUUUAUUCAUAACCCCUUCCCUGAAUAUUAUUGGUAUUAUUGCAUUUUCUGUGUUCGUUGUUUACAAUCAGAUGGGAUGCAUGCGAGAAGAUCUGUGUGUACUAUGCCAUGCUGAAACUCAAAUAAAAAUUAGUUGAAUUGAA